UCCUAUAUUUUCAUACAUUGGGACGUUUUAAACUAAAAGUGACAAGUUAAAGACAAGACUAUCUUAAGAUACGAAGUAGAAAUUUUAACUUCCGGUUUCGUUUCGAAUCACAAUUUGUCUACAAUUUUCGUUUGGCAUGGAAGUGUUAAUGGAAAAUUGGGAUUAAACUAAUCACACUUGGAUUAAUAAGUGGGAUUGGGAAGACAAAACAAAAAAAAAAACAGCCCACUUUUAGGCCAUGCUUGGCCGUGCAUUUCAAUGCCUUGGUCAAGGAAUCUUGACCCAAAAUUAGUGUGAUCCACAUGUCCAAGGCAUGGAGGGGACAAAGAGACAAAAAAAAUCUGUCCACUCCACACUUUCACAACUCAUUACAACAUUCCAAAGUGUAGAACACUUAGAGAGAGAAAGAGAGACUCACGGCUAGAGCUAGCCGAAAAUGGUGAAGAAAAAUUGAUCCAAAAAUUUCAGUUUCUCAAGCAAUUUAACUCCAUUGAAGGUAUAUUAACGUGUAGCAUCCAUUGAUAUAGCAAGAACAAGUGUUAAAAAAAAAAUCCAAGAAGUGAAAGUGAAGGCUAGCCGAUUGAAGUGUAGUUACAAGGUAAGAGUUGAUAAUUUUUUUCAUGUGUUGUAUGACGAUUUGAAUGUAUAGUUCAUGCAUGUUGUUGUUGGAUUGUUGUUGUAGUUGAAGUAAAGAGUUAGCCGUGAGUGAGGUGAAGUCAUGAUUGAUUUCAUUUUGCAUGUAUUGUUGAUGAAUUGAAUAUGUAUCAACAUAGGCAAAUGAACAAAGAUUUGUAGAAGUUUGGUUGUGAUGUUGUAUGUUGGAUAUGGGACUGUUUUUUUUUUCUUGAAAUGAAAAUGAGCCGUGAGUUGAAGGUUCUAAUGAAGUCAUGCUUUAUCUUCUUGAACAUGUAUUGGAAAUGGAUUGAAUGUAUUGUAGUUGGAUAAACGGAUGAAAAUCACGAAAUUGUGGGAAGGGUGUUGUAGCCGUGUAAAAAGGGACUGUUUUAGGGGAGAUUUAGGGACUGUUUUGUGUCACAUUUGGAUUGUUGUUGUUAUGGACAUUGUGGUGCAUUGUAUGCAUGUUGAAUAUGUGAAUUGAGGUGUUAAAGAAAUGAAUUAUGAUGAAGUGUAUAGGCAGUCCAAAACUGUGGACAGUUUUGAUGUUAGAAGUGAAUUUGUGUGUGUUGAAUGUUGAUUCUUGUUGCAAACGUUUAGUGAAAGUAAAGUGCAUUGAUUCAAGCUGAAACUGAAAUGAUGGUGGGCUGUUAUAAGAAUGGAAAUGAUGCUAAAACAGUUCCAAAAAUCAUGAAAGUAAUGUCAUUAAACGUGUUGUUGUUGUUGCAAGUUAAAACUGGAAAAUUGCUAAGUGAGAAUGGAAAUGCUAUGUGUGUUGUUUAGCCAUGUGUAUGAAACAGUUUUGAAUGGUGUAUGGACUGCCCAAGUUCCCUAAGUCAUGUUUAAACAAGUCUUGAUUAAUAUAUGAAAGAACGAUUAGCAAUGUUAGCUUGUAACGCUAGUUGGUUUGAAUGCGAACGAAACGUCGUUUAAUUGUUAGAAAGGAAUUGUGAGUGUCACAAUACGUAUUGAAUGCCCUUGUAGACUAAUUGUAGUUCUUCACAUCUUGAUAUAGGAUAAGUGUUUUUGGGCAGCAAGUACAAGUUAGAAUACAACUAAACGCAAAAGGUAUGUAAAGCCUAUUCCUUCUUCUUUUGGCAUGUCCUAGACGUAAGUGUGAAACGAUAUGAACCUUGGGGUAGAUUCUAUUCUCUAGUUUCAUGUAUGACUUAUGAUUCUAUAUUUCAUUAAGGUUAUUGUCAUGUGCCUACAAUAUGAUUGACUAAUGAAUAAUGCAUGAAAGUUCCUAUACUUAAAGAAUUACACAACUAGAGACAUACUUGACUUUCAAAAGCUAUACCAUGUUGAAGCGAUAUACGUACAUGAAAUCUGAAACGUUUCUUGUAAUAGUUUGUAUGAGACUUAAGAUGAACUGAAUAUGAAUAUUAUUUUUACACUUUAGAGCUGGUUAGUUGCUUAUCCACUGAGUCUCAAAAAGAUGAAUUGCAUAUAUGUGGUUGCUAUUUAUUCUGCUCGUGCUUACCGCUAUAUCCUUCACUGAGUCCCGGGCCAGGACACGUUCUCGUGCGCAUAUUUACUAUAUUAAUCACCGAGUCCCUCACUAGAGGGCCGAGACACGUUAUAUAUCUAUGUAUAUGAUGAUAUGAUGACAUGAUGAUAUGGAGAUGGUGGCCAGGAGGGCAUAUUCCCUAUUACCGAGUCCCUUAUUAAAGGGCCGGGACACGUCUAUGUUUAUGUUUAUGAUGCUAUGAUUUUAAUUACCGAGUCCCUCAUUAAAGGGCCGGGACACGUUAUAUAUGUUAUAUACAGAAUGAUUUUGCAACUUUGAUUACAAAACUCUAUAACGAUAUUGAUAUGAGAAUGAUACAGAUAAAAUAUGUCCAAAGGCAAGUUUUAUGAAUCUCUGAUUGCUGCAUUGGGUCCUACAUACUUUGUCUCCUUAUGAGUCUAUUACUACAUUUCAUGCUUUACAUGCUCAGUACAUAUUCCGUACUGACCCCCUUUCUUCGGGGGGCUGCGUUCAUGCCCGCAGGUACAGACGCUCGUUUCGGAGAUCCGCCAGCUUAGGACACUAUUUCAGCUAUUUUGGACUGCUCCUUUGUUCCGGAGCUAGCUUGUGUGAUGCCUCCGAAAAAGGCAACGGCUGCCCAGAAGAAAAAGGGCGUGGUAGGAGAGACCAGUCGGGCUCAGAAGGGUACUCGGACCCUUGCUCAGAUGAUGCGUGAUAUUGCGUCCCGGCCAGCAGACUCUGCUAUGUCUUCAUCAUCAGAGGAGUCUGGAGCAGCAUCACCAUUAGCUCCAGAGGCUCCAGCUCCCGCGCCUCCAGCUCCUCAGCCAGGGGCGGAGGAUAGGACAUUGAGGGAGGCCGUACAGUUGUUGACUACUUUGGUAGCGGGACAGGUUCGCAGACGCGGGCAGAGAGAUGAUGAUGAUGAUGACAGGCGUGAUAGCCUGAGGGUUCGUGACUUUUUGACAUGCCGUCCCCCAGAGUUUUACGGAUCUAAGCCCGAGGAGGACCCCCACGACUUCAUUCGGGGAGUGCGGCGCUCAUUGGAUUUGGUCAGGGCUUCAGAGACCGAGUCCGUUGAGUUAGCCUCACACAGAUUACGAGAUGUUGCUGCCAAUUGGUAUGAGUCUUGGGAGCUGUCCAGAGGUGAGGGGGCUUCCCCAGCUACUUGGGAUGAGUUUGUGACUGCUUUUCUCCGCCACUUUCUGCCCCCGGAGUUACGGCGGGCACGGGUUGAUAAAUUUUUACAGUUGCGGCAGAACGGCCGGAGUGUUCGCGAGUAUAACCUGGAGUUUGAUUCUUUGGCUCGAUAUGCCCCUGCUAUAGUAGCGGAUAUGGCUGACCGUAUGCACCGGUAUGUGAUAGGAUUGGACCGCUACUUGAUUGACGGUUGCAUGGCGAUGGCGUCACAGACAGAUAUGGAUAUCGCCCGGUUACAGGCCCAUGCCCAGGGUAUGGAGGACCGAUACAGGGCCGAUUAUGCUGGUAGAGAUCAAUCGGGCAGAGAUCGUGAUAGGAGACCGCCCAAGCGGGCCAGGUCAGCUGGGUAUUCUGGUGAGUUUCGGGGCGGGCAGCCCCAACAACAGCAUAAUAGCUACCCUUCUCAGCCGGCACGGAGUGAACCUCCACGAUUCACUGGUAGGAGGUUUGAUAGCACAGGGUAUUCAGAAGCUGGUCAAAGCUCCAUGACUUCAGGUUUCCAGAUGCACAAGGAUUCAGGCCAGACGAGGCCAUCUAUACCACAGUGCCCUCAAUGUGGCAGGCGCCAUCUGGGGGAAUGCCGCCGCAUUACUGGUGCUUGUUUCUCUUGCGGCCGUCAAGGCCAUACCAUGAGGGAGUGUCGAUUUGGGGGUGGUGCAGAUGGUGCAGCUCAGCCUACGGGGUCAGUUGCUGGUUCUUCUUCUUCAGUUGCCAUGCGUCCUAUGGGACAAGGUAUUCCGACACCAGCAGGCCGUGGCAGAGGCCGUGGAGGGGCUUCUAGUUCUGGCGGUCCUUCAAACCGCUUAUAUGCUUUAGCUAGCAGACAGGAUCAGGAAGCGUCGCCGAAUGUUGUUACAGGAUAAGUGUUUUUGGGCAGCAAGUACAAGUUAGAAUACAACUAAACGCAAAAGGUACAGACGCUCGUUUCGGAGAUCCGCCAGCUUAGGACACUAUUUCAGCUAUUUUGGACUGCUCCUUUGUUCCGGAGCUAGCUUGUGGUAUAACUCCCUUAUGUUGUAUUCGUAGGUGUUUAUUUGGGUAUGGCGGGGCCCUGUCCCGCCACAUAAUACGGUCAUUACUCUUAGAGGUCUGUGGACAUCGGUGUGGGUCUGUUUGUAGUUGUUGAUGCGUUUUAUGUCUAUGACUUAUGUUUGGGGCGUACCCAUUCGUAAUGGCAGCCUUGUCGGCUCGCACAUGUAUAUGUUGUUCUGUUGGCCCUGUGUGGCCUUUGUUGGAAUUUGCUGUGUACAGGGUUAUUUUGGAUAAGUCCGAAAAACAAAGGAAACUCUGCCGAAAUUUUCUUUGAAAAUCUUAUAAAUUUGAAACACCGCCUUGUCGGCUUCUGUUA